CAAGAAGAGAUCCAAAAGGGAAUCGAUUUCUUUAGUUAAAACCACUGUGCCUAUGGGACCUAUCGGCGACAUCAAUAGCCGACUUAAGGCAAUCAAGUAAAGAGACAUCGAGUUUCAAAUAUUCUAGAAAGUUGAGCAGAGUUUGAAUUAAGAUCGAUAAGUCAACCGUAAUUCAGCAGAUGUACUUUUGUGGUCCACUCGCCUGAGUGAUAAUAUGAAUAUAACAGUCGCCUGCCAAAGAAGCUUUUAUUAAAGUACGACAUAUUGCGCAUAACAUGCGCAAUGCAAGGAUACUUUAAAGGGCACAUUGACACGACAGCAGCAGCGAAAUCUGUUAAAAAAACAUUUAGCAGACUAUACAUAAAACAACCAUAUGACACAGGUCGUGACUUCAUCGAAUAGGCCUACAUGCCAAUAUAAAGGGCGGAUAAGGAGAGGACGGAUUACCAAGUGCCUUAAAACUUUGGCUUUCACAUUGACGAUUUUUUCAAGUCUUCAGUAACCUUAGUUGUCUGGAAAUACGUAACAGUUCUAGGACGGAUGUCAUAAUAGUUUAUAAAUUUAAUAGCGAUGGAAUUAUGCACUUUUAUUCCAGUAAAUGAAACGACUUACUGAAAUUAUUAUUCGCUAAAUUAUGACGUAGGACUAUUAGUCAAAUCAUAAUUCGGUAUUCUUCGCCGUGUUUGUUGUUUUAAGCAGUUGAUGUUGCAGCAUACACUGAGGUAUAGUGCAAGGACAAUGAGAAUAAUUAUCGGACUAGCAUAUAAUGCUUUCUUUCUAAUUACGAUAAAUGAAUUCUAUAUUGCGUGUUGUGCACAUGUCCGUCCCCUUCAAAUAUGACGAAUUUUUUUAAAAGGCGAUUGCUCUACUGAUCGGUUGCAGACGUUUGAGUUGUACAAAACGAAACAUUACGCUCAAGAAGAUUCGAUAUGUCUAAGGAAUUAAAAACUAUAGGUUAUUAUUUUUGUAAAUACUUUGAGGAAGAAGAAUACUAACCGAUAACUGUCACAAUCAUCUUGUAGCCUAUGCCUACAUAAAAUAUUCAUAUGGUACGUUCUGAGUGACAUUCAUUUCAUUACAAGUUUUACUAAAAUGGCAACAACGGUUGCAUAUACACAAACACAGGAGUUUGAAGAGACGUCGUCGACAGUAGAUUGGGUGAUCGUUUUAGAAGUUGUGCUUGGAGUUAUUGGAACUGUCGGCAAUUCUGUCAUUUGUGCUGUUAUUAUUCGAGUUAAAUCUAUGCACUCUUUAACUAAUUAUCUAAUCCUGAGUCUAGCAAUUGCCGAUCUUCUGUCCUCGAUAUUACUCAUUGUGAACGUCUUUCCAGUUGAAGCUGCUUACCUAGAUGUCCCUGAUUCAGCGAUUUUAGCGGAAUUAUUUUGCCGUUUUUACAACAAUCUCUUUUUCUUUUGGGUCUGUUUGACAGCGUCAGUUUUUAACUUAGUUUGCGUGACGAUAGAAAGGUUUUUCGCCCUUGUGUUCCCUCUGUACUACGAACGUCAUUUCACGUCGGGAAAAGUUUGGGUGAUGAUAGCUGGCACGUGGGUUGUGUCCUUUAUUCAAGAGUUUGCUGCUCCGUUCGUCAAUUCUUAUGAUUCAGAUAUUCACCAAUGUACAUACGGGUUCCCAGACACGGCCUCACAACGAUUGAAUGGCGUCUUAAUAUUCUUAAUAUCGUACUUGAUUCCACUUAUCUUCAUGAUAUAUUCUUAUAAUAGAAUUCUUCAAAAUCUUAAGAUUGACGCUGGGAAACAAAGUCCCAUGAACGCAGCGCAGGCAAUGACGCUUUUAAAUGCACGCAAACGCGUCAUAUCAGUUUUGUUGAUAGUACUAGGCGCUUUCUGUGUGCUAUGGACACCAAAUCAAGUUGUGUAUCUAUUCCAAAACUUUGAUAUAGAGUUGGUAGCCGUGUCGUCGGUAUGGUAUAAGGUGUUCAGACUGAUGGCACAGAGUAACUCGGUUGUAAAUUCGUUCAUAUAUGGUUACAAGUAUAAAAAGUUUCGCAAAGCAGUUAGAUUACUAUUUGGAAGAUACUUCUGCUCCAAUGAAGUGGGUUUGGAUGACAUAGGAACAACAGGUUCAUUUUAGUACCGUACUCUUAUAUGUUUAUAAUUUCAAUGUAUUCCUAUUUUUAUAAAAGGACAAAACUUGGGAUAGGGCUAGUUAAAAAAGCUAAUUUAUUUAUUAAAAACAUUAAUUACUGUAGGCCUAAACGUAACGAAACAAAGUCAAAUCUUUAUCACAGUUAAUGUAUUUUAAUACCUACCUAGUAAAAUGAUCAGAGAAAUAGAUAGUCCCUGCAUAAGAAGCAAACGCCAUCACACCGACUUCGUAUGGUUGGGAAACCCACUUCGUUCAAAAGUUGAAAACUGUACUAUUUAAAUACUUGAUUCAGGCAGGGAUCAUACGCUGCUAAAAUCAAAUUCCUGUCGUGCAGGUCUGACAGAGAUUUAUGACGCGUGUACUAGCUAAAACGCAUGUACAACUAUGCAUACACAAACUUUCCACCCUGUUUACUAUAAAACAAAGAGGCUUGUGCAGGUGGUAAUAUUUAUUUGGACUUGCACUUGUACAUCAGUGGCACACUUUGAAAAACAAAGGUGUGUCCGAAAAACAAAACUUAUACAAAUAAUAUUAGGCCUAGAAGAUAGGGCCUACAUCAAAUUACAAGAACAGAUAAAACUGCAGGUUUGGGUCAUUAUUAAUUUGUUUUUGUCGCCCAGAUUGUUCGAUAAUUCUUUGUCUACCUUUUGUAUGUAUAAGCUGUGAACAUUUGUUAAUAUCCAGGAGAUUUUCAAAUUCUGGGAGAAAAUGUGGAGUAUCCUGGAGACAGGUGGAUGAACCAAAAUUGCUGGAGACUCCAGGGCAAUUUAGUGCUCUUAGUGAGGAAAUCGCAUACCGGUACCGUGUAAUCUUUGAUUUUCUUCAACUUGAUCUGUGAUAGGGAACAAUAUUACGAACAAGUACUUCGGUGAUGAAUACUGUAUUGAUUUACAGUUCGUACAACUCAUUGACGUUCGAUAUAUUGCAAUGCCUGUUGUACCGAUACCGGAGCACCAUAUUAAGCUGAAGUUCGCCGUUUACCUGAAUACUACCAGACUGGUGGAAACUAUACAGAAUAUCAACAUGGAAUGGAGCAGCAUCACUCCGCCGGCCCUAUGCACAUCACCACAUUGUUAGUGGACCGUUUUAAUUAUAUUGAUAUAAGAGUUUGUGUAGCUUUGUUUGUAUUCAAACCGUAAUUAUACUGUAGGCCUACGAACUACCGAAAAACCAGCUUUCACUGUAUACACUAUUCUUGUACUACCUCUUCCGGUAUGUUUUGUAUACAUAUUAUAACGUGACAUUAUGUAAGAAAAUAGGUAUUACAGUAUUUGAAAUGUUAUGGGUAUAAUUAUUACGUAAAAAUACAGGUGUAAGUUAAUUGUGUAAUAUUAUGUGAUAAUAUUUAAUUGAAAUACUGUUUAUGAAAAUUGUAUGACACUUCUUCAGUUUCAAUGCAAAAUUGUGCUUUACAACAUAACCAAAUAAGGCAGUUGUAAAUGAGCAUGUGUAUAGUUUAAUGUGAUAGUUAUGUAUAUAUGAAGAUAUUGCAACAGCAGUAGACUCAAAAAGACGAUGGUUUGUAGGUUUAUUUGGGUGUUAUAGAAAAAAAGUUAAAUGGUCAAUUUUAAAAGGCCACAUAGGUAAAAAAAGCAUUAUAGAAUUGUGGUGUUCUGAACUUGAGUUGUAGAAAUGUGAUCAUCUAGUGAAUAAUUUAAUGAAUGAUUGACUAUUUUGAGGAAUAUGUGUCUUGUCUUCAGGUUUGUCUUUGAUGCAUGCUUUGUAAUGUUUAUGAACUUAUUUGAUAGCAAUAAUGACUCAUCAUGUACGUCAUUUCCACGUCACAAAUGGUUUUUCUUUUUCAAAUACUUACUAAUAUCGGUGUUGUUAUAUUGUUGAAGAAUAAUUAAAUACCUAGAGAGAGUUGCAUUAAAUCAACAACUGUAGUAUAUCUGUCCAUAUAAAAUGAUGAAAUUUCAAAAUUGUACGAUGCUAUUUAAUUCGUAAAUUAAAAAAAACAAAAAAAAAAAACAUUUAAGUGGGUGAAAGUGUAGUCACACCUCCAUAAAAAUAAAUAAAAAAAAAAUUAAAAUAAAAAAAAAGGGAAUGUGAUGCAUGCUUUGUAUUUUUUAUUAACUUAUUUGAUAGCAAUGACGACAAAUCAUUAUGUCAUUCGUCUGUUUCCACGUCACAAAUCGUUUUUCUUUUUCAAAUAUUUACUAAUAUCGGUGCUGUUAUAUCGUUGAAGAAUAAUUAAAUACCUAGAGAGAAUUGCAUUAUGAGAAAGAAACCCAAAAACAUUCAAGUGGGUGAAAGUGUAGUCGCACCUUCAUAAAAAUAAAUUAAAAAUAAAAUUCAAAUAAAAAAAAAAGAAAAGGGAAAUGUGUUAAUGGAAACGUGUGGUGCAGCGUGUUAGGCAUUUGGCUUUCAAUCGGAAGGUUGGGGGUUCAAGACCUACGCUCAUCACACUACUUGUGUACUUGGGUAAGCCACUUUACAAGUUAAAAGAUACAAGUCAAUUUUAUUGUCAAAACAACAAAUUCUGAGAUAUUUGCUGUACAUAACAUAGCCUCUCUUCACCCAGGAAUAUAAAUGGGUACUUGGUAGGAGAAUUGAGGAAUUAGUUUAGAGUAGGAGAUGAAUGAUUCGGAAUGAAUUAGUAACGCUGAUUUCACGCAUAAUCUCCAGGGUCGAAGAGUUUGCAUGACGUAUUGUAGGACCACUAAAAAGUCAUCUCUGAAUGUGAGAACGUUGAUUUAUUGGUUACAUUGCAGGAUGCAGAUCAACACACGACGUCUCAAAGCCCUGACCUGAGACUGGGUGUAAAUCCUGAACAAUGUCCACUGUACUAACCGCUCUAUACAUGUACUUAUAUGCAUCAACACCUGUACUGCAAUGCACAUGUAUAUAUUGUAUGCAGUAUGUCCAUUUUUUAAUUGACCCCUGUACUAACGCAUCAAAAUUACCAUCUUAAGCAAUUUAUUUCUUCAUUUAGUACAUCUAUUUUGUAGAAUACGGAGUAUAUUCCAGUCUACUUGUAUGCAUGAUCUAUAUGCAGUAAAGAAAUGUGGACUUUUUAAACUAGCAACACUUGUAAUUACAACCAAAACCUGUAUUGCAACACCCUACACCUGCAUUAAGAUCCACCAACACCUGUAUUACAACCGACACCAGUAUUACAACGCACCAACACCUAUAUUACCACCAACCGACACCAGUAUUACAAUGCACCAACACCUGUAUUACCACCAACUGACACCAGUAUUACAAUGCACCAACACCUGUAUUACCACCAACUGACACCAGUAUUACAAUGCACCAACACCUGUAUUACCACCAACCGACACCAGUAUUACAAUGCACCAACACCUGUAUUACCACCAACCGACACCAGUAUUACAAUGCACUAACACAUGUAUUACAGCACACUCAACAGACCAACACCUGCAUUACAAUGCAUGUACAGACACCUGUAUUACUAUCGUCUCUUGUAUUAUAACACAGAUUCCAUUAUAAAACUCAAGUUAAAUCAAUAUUGAUGCAUGGGUGUAGUUUAUUUCAUGCAAAAAAAAUGAAUGCUUUCCCGCAUUUAAGUACCUACAAACUCAAGAUGUGUGCUUUACUAAAUUACUAAAUAAUUAUUCUUAUCACAAAAAAACAAAAAUUAAAAUACAAUGUUCAAUCCUUGAUUUAGCAAAUGUUGGUGGACAAACAUCUAUAUCAUGAUCACACAUCUACCAAAAUACAACACAUACAUCUAACAAAAUAAGAUUUACAAAUUUAACCCUUGAUGAUGUCCUCUGUUUAUCGCAAUGCAUGCUGGGAAAAUCAGCCUGUCAGUUGUCUAAUUCAAUUGUUUUUAACUUCAGAUACACAAAUGGAUAUUUGGAUAUUUCAAUGUGGUCAUGAAUUAUGUUAUGUGAGGUCUUUGCAAAAUGUUCUCACAUCCAACAGAUGUAAAAUUAUAGCUUCAGUUAGUACUAAUAGCUCCGUUUGUAGCGAAACAGAAACAGAGAAAGUUAUGUAAAAGUUUGAUAAAAAAUUAAAAUAUUUUUAAAAGUUGAUUUCUAAAAAUAAGCUCAGAAAUGACAUAUCAUUACAUACAACUAUUCACCAUAAUGCACUGCGAUAAACAUAAUAACAUAUAAUAAUGGUUAAGGGCUAAUUAGAACUAAGCAUAUUGAGUAUAUUUUUUAUAAUCAAUAUCAUAUAACUGAUAAUCUAUAAUUCUUUUUCAAUAUAAUGCCAACCAUAAUGCAGAUACAAUACAUUGCUUUACGAAGCACAAUAAUGUUUUAAAUAAACAUAAACCUCAAUCACUACAUUAUCCUUUUUUACAUUUAUUCUAAUUACAAACAUAUAACAUAUUUUCUAUGUCCUAUAUAGGCCACUACAGAGAGCUGAAUAUUCUCAAUAUAAAAUUGUUUAAUGAAUUAUAAUAAUAUUGCUAAGGUAAGUUAGCCAUAGUUAUGUCCAGAUCCAUGGGGGAUCCAAAAUAAUAUGUUAAAUUGAUAGGAUUUAAAGCCUUGACCAAUCUAUCAAACUUGUGACAUGCCUAAAUAUGGUAAUGAUGACAUCUCAUCAUGACCAUAUAUAGGCACACCAUGACUAUAUAUGGUCAUACAACAGUUUUUUUUUGUCAAAUUGAUAAUCUGGGCAUGGCAUUAGGGAAGGGUAGAAGUCUUGCAAUCUGAGUUUUAUUAAAAUAAGUAAAUAUUUCAACCAAAAUGAGAGUACAAGUAAAAACAAAACCAAUAAAUAAUGCGAAUUAUUACCUGAAACUUAAAAAUACAAUCAGAAAUUACUAAGCAACUUGAUGCAAACAGCAAGUAAAAGUAUUUUGUAAACAGAUUCUAAAAAAAUUGUUUCUUUUCUAGAAUUAUAUAACUGAAAAUAAUCUGUAUUCUACAUCAAGCUGCAGAUGGAAGUAACAGAUUUAACUUCAAAUCAUAGCAGCAUUCAGGCAUCGAUUUAUUCUUUGAAAGUUAAAUUGAGACGGAAAUUACAAAAUUUAUUAUAACAGAAACACCUCUGAUAAAUAGAGAUUUAAUUAUCAAAAAAAAAAAAUAAUACUAAUUUGUGGACAACUCUUGGUUCAUUACCAAAUUUCUGCACUGUUAACUAAUGUAGGCAGACAAACAAUCUAGAAUCGAUACAAAAAAAGCUGAAUAAUAUGAACUUUAAAAGUACUAACAAGAUUAAAGUAUCAUUUCUUUAAGAAGCUGCUGUCAGUUAAACUGAUGGAUUGGGUCCAAUCCACCUGUUGUUCUCUUAGUUUCAAAGGAAAUAUUUCUGAUAACUAUGGAUUUUACAUUAAUAGUGCUUGGGCUUUUAAAUUUAAGUGGAAGAGAACAUAUAACAAAAUCGGGUCAGAGUAUGAAUGUUGAGGUUUAUGCAUCAUACCUAUUAAUUCAUCGUUUACUGUACUUAAAUCCGUAUUCCUUAUUAUGCCCGUAAGUACAAGUGCCUAAUAAUAUAUGCAAAUACUGUGGUGGAUAUGUAUUGGCACCUGUAUUUUAUGUUGAUUAUAAUGUUCUCAUUUCAUAAUGACUACUAGCUAUAUUGAGAUUUCAACCCUCUUGUAAUGACCUAUUUUUAGCAAAUGUAGGCGGACAGUCUUCUUAUAAAUAUACUUUCUACAGAUUAAUAUUUUAUAGAGCACAGUCGAGCAAAAGACAAAACCUAAUUUGUUCACAUUGAUAAUCAGUUUCAUUAAAAAUAUUGUUUCUAUCUGAAAAUAAACAGUACCCAAAAUAUUAGUCUUACUAAUUACACUGAGACUAAUUACUAACAACAUACCAUAAUUUCACAGAUAAUAAGAGUAAAUACAUUUCUUUGUUCUAAAAAAAAUUCUAUGUAGUAUAUUUCUUUGGUGAGGGUAAUAACCAAAAAUUUAUUCCAGUUUUUGAAAAUCUUUCAACCAAACACUAUUUCUCUAAUAAAUUAAAAGUCCUAUUUUAAAUCAAUAAACUAUGUAAAAAAAAUUAUCCCAAUUACCCUCUUAAGUUCCUUAAAAAAUCUCUGAUAAAAAAUUUCUAAUACUGGUAGCUUAACCACCGAAGACAUAAUUCAACUGGCUUGAGGCAUCAAUAUUUUUAGGAAUGGAAAAAUAUAUAUAAGCUUUUAAUGCUUUGUCCCAUUGCACCGAUGAAUAAUAUGAUGUACCUACCACAGGUUUUCAUAAAUCAUGGGUGCAUUGCAUGCAUUAAUUAGAUAUGAUAAAAAAAAACAAACUAAAGGGACGGUCGCAUCAUAGAAUAUUAAACAUGUUUAAUAUUCUCACAACAACCUAAAGAAUGUGCUCGACUAUAAACUGUGUCAAUCUUCGUUGUAAGACGCUGUCUGAUUUGAAACCAAUAUAGAGAACAGUGUGAAAUAUCUAGUAAAACAGCAUAAUAUACCAUUCAAAAAUACAGUGAUAUGAUUAUAAAAGAAACAAAAAAUGU